CAGCUGGCUCUGACCGCUGCAUGCGGUGCUGCUGCGGCCUACGUGUGAUAAUUUAAUAUUUAGUUACAUACCUAGCCUGGCAUCAACGGUGCACUGCUCUAGGCGCGUUGCUCACGCACCAUGCGAUGUAUGCUGCUCAUUGCAGCUGUCCGUGGGUAUACGCUAACGCCGCCGCGACGUCACAGCUCGCGACUGCAUGCCGCCGCAGUUGCAGAGCAGCAGUACGAGUCGCCCGAACUCGAACCGCUCAUUCUCUCGGACAGCAAGACGUUCGACGAGAAGAUCGCCGGCAUUACCGCCUACUACGAGCGGCGACCUUUUGCGGUAGCCAGGCGCCUCUCGGCCAUCGCCGCGGCGGUGGCGCGGAGCUACGCCGCCUGGCGCCGCGGCAGCCCCGACGACUUCGACCAGAAGGCGGCGCGGGAAGCGAGGGCCGUCGGCCAGCGGCCCGGCGCGUCGCCGCGGGGCGCGACUUUGAGAGACGAGGUGUCGAAGCUCGGCGUCGUCUUCGUGAAGCUCGCGCAGACGCUGGCGACGCGGCCGGAUAUUAUUGGGGAGGAGGCGGCGGCGUCGCUCGAGUCGCUCCAGGACUCGAACCGGCCCUUUGCGGAUGCCAUCGCCAAAAAAGCCGUGGAGGAGGACCUGGUACGUGUGUCCCGUGUCCUUCAGAGACGGAGUCGCGCUUGGUAACCGCCCGCCGCGACGCAGGCCGGCGCGCCCGUGAAACUGAAAGAGAUCUCGGACGCGCCCAUCGCGGCCGCAUCCCUCGCCCAGGUCUACAAGGCCACGACCGCGAACAACGCCACCGUCGCGGUCAAGGUGCGCCGGCCGGGCGUCGUCGACCAGGUCGCGCUCGACUGCUACGCCGUCCGCUUGCUGCUGGCGUGGCUCCAGGACUUCUGGGGCGGCACGACGGACUACCCGGCCAUCGUCGACGAGGUGACGGCGGGGUUGUUCCGCGAGCUCGACUUUCGCAAGGAGGCGGAGAACGCGGCGCGGUUCUGGGACGUGCACUUCCCGAAGGCGUCGUACCUCCGCGUGCCGCGCGCGGGCUUCUCGCGCGACGUGGCGCCCGCGAAGUGGUCCGUGACGCCGCGCGUCCACCUCGCGGAGUGGGUCGACGGCCAGCCGCUCGGGGCGUUGACCCCGGAACGGCAGCGCGCCAUGGUCGAGAAGGGCCUGGACGUGUGCUUCCUGCAGCUCUUCGGGACGAAUUUUGUUCAUGCCGACCCGCACUACGGGAACAUGCUCUACGACCCCGACGACCGCUUAGUUUUAUUAGAUUUUGGAUUGGUGACGCGGCUGACGCCGGCGCAGGGCGAGGCCAUGGCGAACGCCGUCUCGUCUAUCGUAAGCGAGGACUGGCCGAACCUCUUGGAGGCCUUCCGCGAGAUCGGCCUCGUGCCGCCGUCACCCAACAUCUGGGUCGACGCGAAGACGGGCGCGCCGACCUCUGGUCUCUUGCCGGGCGUCUGGCAGGCGUGCUCGGAGGAGGACUUCGCCGCGUCCUUCGUCGACGCGCUCGAGAAGGCGUCCCAGGGCACGGCGGGCUCCUUCACGGAGAUCACGACGCGCCUCACGGAGCUCGCCCUCACGUAUCAAUUCAUCCUGCCGCCCUGGCUGCUCUUCGUCGUCCGCGCGGUGAUCACGCUGGACGGCUUCGCGGCCGGCAUGGACCCGCCCCUCUCGGCAUUAGCGGCGGCGGCGCCGCACGCCGCGCGGCGCGCGCUGUCGCCGCGGACGCCGCAGGGCGAGGCGCGCCUGCGGGCCGCGCUGCUAACCAGCGACAACGGCCUCGACGUCGACCGGCUGAAGAAGCUCGCGUCGUCGGCGGGCGACGCCGGCGACGCGCCGGACGUCGGGGCCGUCGUCAAGGCGCUCCUGCUCGAGGACGCCGACGGCCGGGCGCUGCGGCGCGUCGCCUACGACGUCGACGCGCGGCCGGCGCUGCGGGCCGCGCGCCGCGCCGCCGUCGCCGCGGCCACCAAGCCGCUGACGCCCGAAUUACGCGAGACGCUCCGCGGCGCCUUCCGCCGCGCCCCGAAGCCGCCGCCGGUGCUCCCCGCCGGCGGCGACCUCUUGGGCGGCGACGCGGCCUUCUUCGAGGCCGCGCCGGUCGCGACGGAGCCGCCGCCGCCCGCCUGGCGCCGGCGGCGCGUCGCGCGGCUGCUCGUGUUCAGGCACCUUCGCGUCCUCGUGCGGUCGCCGCGCGCGCUCGCGGACGCGGUCGUCCUGGCGGCGGCCGCGGCGAUCGUCGGGGUGCGGGCGGCCGUUCCGAGGUUUCGGCUUCGGUGGUGGCGACGACGUGGUGUGGCGCUUGCGUAAUCUUAGUUUCAAGUGGUCCUGGUCCAUACCGCAUAAUGCCAACGAAGGGACAAAUCCGCUUCACGCAACGGCAUUGGCUUCAGGAGCUGUUGAGGCGUCAUAGACGUCUAUACAACGCCCCAGGAACGUUUUUUUCUGCCACGCACAAAACCCGAAUCAGCCUCAAGUCCCAGCUCAGCCUCGGAAGUCACUGCCCAACCCAUACGGAAAACACCUCACAGCCAUCAUGCAGACCUCCGUGCGGCCCGCCGCGUCCAUAUUCACCACUCCCGGCGCUCCUGCUUGCAUCCCGAGGCCACUCGCGCAACGAGCGCUGCAAAAACCGCGCCGCGCACACUGCUCAUGCCACAACCUUGCGCAUGAAUCGUGUUCGUGGCGGUUACACGCUGCGACAUGGGUCGCGCAUGUGUGCAGCACCUUUGCGCAACGUCUGCAGCUCGUCUCGGCCACAAAAACGCCGCGUGGGCCACUGGCGCGGUGACCGACACGCACGCGGGUGGCUGCAACAUGGCAUCGCCGCGCGCGAACAUCGACGCGCGCGAACAUCGCCGCGCGCGAACACAGCUCUUACCCGUCCGUUUCCUCGCAGGCUCUCAUCCUCGCCCUCGCCGCGCCGGCCGCCGGCUUCAGCUUCGGCAACACGAAGACGUCCGCCCAGACGUACGUCUCGCCCUUCAAGGAUAUGCCGGGCGCCUACGGCUGGGCCGCCGAGAAGGGCCUCGCCUACUCCUUCGGCAAGCCGUUCUCUCAGCAGAAGUUCCCCGAUCUGGUGAACUGGGUGCAGGAGGCGGAAAUCAAGCACGCCCGCGUCGCCAUGCUCGCGGCGCUCGGUUACCCGGUCGCCGAGGUCUUCCAUCCGCUCUGGGGCGGGUCAAUCAACGAGCCCUCGUUGAUUGCCUUCCAGGCCACGCCCCUCCAGACGUUCUGGCCCAUUGUCGUCGGCGCGAUCGGCCUCAUCGAGUCGGCGUCGUACAUCUCGGACAUGAAGGGCACCGCUGAGGAGGGCCGCUACUACGCGUUCAACGAGAACCGCGGCGUCGCGGGCGACAUCGGCUUCGACCCCCUCGGCUUCGCGGCCAAGGGCGACCUCCGCGGCGAGGAGCUUAUUGUGGGCCGCCUCGCAAUGCUCGGCAUCGCUGGCAUGGUUGCGCAAGAGCUCAACACGGCGGGCUACCUCUUCUACCCGGACACGUACUAGGCGCGCCCACCCAUCACCCGUUCCCGCUGUAACAUGUAGAUUGUCGAUUGCACACAAACACUUACGCCAAGAAAAAACAGUCG